AUGGAAGAGAUGGAUAUUCAUCCAAGACAACUAUCAGAAGAGUCAGAGGAGUCAGAAGUAGAUAUGCUGAAGGAUGAUUUGUCUACUUUUAAUAUCAAUCCUAUUGGGAUACAACUAGUUAAUAACAUGAAUGAAUUAAGUAUUCAAGCACAAACAAGUGCUCAUAUAGAGCAACAACUUGAAUCGACAUUAAACAACAACAAUCAAACAACAAUCACUAUAAAUGGAAAGAAUCAAUUUACUGCGCUCUUUUCUAUCACCAAUCACAUCGAGAUCUUUGCAAACAUUUGUAGUUAUUUGGAACCCUUAGACUUGGUAUUACUUCGAUUGACUUGCAAGUAUUUUAAUAAUCUUGUCAAUUCGCCAUUUGACUCUAUAACACAACAAAUUUGGAAACAUUCACGCAUAGAAUCCUGUGAAUUUUAUCAAUUGCCUCCACCUUUGGGAAUAUCUGAACAACUAUAUAUUAGCAUGAUAUAUACUGAUAGUGGCGAAAAAGCGCUUCGAGAUGAAUGGGAGCUCCCAGUAGCAAUAAUAAAAAUUCUUAUUCCUAUUACCAUACAAGAUUUGUAUGGCGACUAUCUGCGUUAUUAUUGGACUCCUUCUGUUAGUUUCAUAAUCGAGGAGUUGAUUAAUCUGAAGCCUGAUGAAGAAAAAUAUUGGCUGAAAAGUAAAGAAAUUGAAUACCAGUUUGCAAUUAUGACCAGUUUAGAACGUGAAUACUGGGAAAGAUGUCGAUACAUCAAAAAAUAUUACCCUACAGGCAUAGAAACACGAAAAAGAAAAUCCAUUGAAAGUAAAGAGGAACAACCAUCAUCUCUAGAUAAUUCGAACCAACAAUCAGAAAUCUCACUUUAUCCCACGUAUUACGAUUGGCUAACACAGCUUGAUAUCUUGCCAAUAUAUAAAAGUGAAUAUACAAAUGCAUUGGAAGCUGCAGCUGUAAACGACGAGAUAAUAAACCAAAAAAUUAAUCAGGCUAAAUAUGAAAAACUCAGUAGAACCAUAAUCGAAGAUAACUCGGUGUAUCAACGAUCGUACAGGAAAAUUAAACCAAAUUAUCGUGAAGAAGACAUACAACAAUUGCCGAGAUUCAGAAACGCUGGUUACUCUUUACGUGCUCGAGCCCCGAAAUCAUCGUCAUCUUCAUCUUUGAAUAAUAUUUGA